GUCAAGUACAUAGAAUAAAAAGAGAAGAGAAGAAGAGAGAACGAAAACGAAGAGAACAUAAUAUGCGCUUAAAAAACAAAACAAUAUUCACUUUGGAGAUGACAAGUUCCAAUAAGUUUCCUUUAUAAACUCCAAAAUGACGAUCGAUAAAUUGUUACUGUAGCGGAAAUUUAAUUUUUGUGCGUUUUAUGUGUAGAAUCCGUAUAUUCAUUGUUCAUUUUUCGUUUCUGAAUUAAGUCGAUCUGAAUAUCAUUGUUUGAAAACAAAAAUGUGUUGAAAUAACUCUGGGAAAUAGUGUGUCUGAAAAUUAAUUCGGUGCAUGCCUAUUUGUAUGGAACGUUUUGUGUGUGAAUUGUGAGACAGUCUAAGGUGUUGAAAGACGGUGCGAACAAAAAUUGUGUUAAUGAUUUCGACAUGAUAAUAAAAGUUUUUAGCUGAUGAUCAGGUUGAUUUUUUUUCUUCAAAUCGAUCCUUAUGUAUCUGCUUUAAACAAAAGAUUUAGUGUAGAAUCACUUCGAUUUUUUCUCUUCCGGUUCGGCGACAACAAUUGAAAAAAGAAAAGAGAAAAAGGAAAGCAUAAUCCAUAAAGAGUACAACAUUCAUUCGUUACAGCGUUUAUUGAAAUUGAGUGGGAGAAAUCAACUGGAACGAGGAUUCUAAAUACUACGCAGUUUGUAUAGUGAAGCAAUGUGAAAUAUUUCGAUCAGAUGAAAGAAAUAGAUUUUUUUGCAUGUUUUCAAUUGUCUUGAUUCAGGAUUGGUUGCUAUAAAAGUUACAGCAAUCACAAUUAUGUCUGAAUCUAGUUUGAAAUCAUUUCAUCUGAAGCAGCCCGAUGGCGACGAAGUGGAGCGAUCAAUUGAGUUUUUGGAUAAAGUGUUGUCGGAGUUUGAAGACCCCGACUCUUUGCCACACAUCGAACAAGAACCGGAAACACCGACACAGGGCAAUCAAUCUGAAGAUGAUGGAUACAUGAGCAUGAAUGGAAAAAAAGAGUUAAAAUUGAUGAAUAUAGAGAGUGACAACAAUUUUAAGAACAAGAGAUCUUUUGGUGAUAUUAAAUUGCGAAAUGAUACACCGGGCAGUGCCAUGGAUGCGGAAUCAAUUCCGUGUCAAACAACACUGCCCAAAGCUCGUCCAAUAAAUGUGAAUCCAUCCAAAUACGCCAGUCUUCCAGGCUCAAUGCAACCAAAGAAUACCAAUAAAAGCAAUGAUUCUGAUUUUCUUAUGACGAAUGGCCGAACCAAGCUUGGCAUUGAUAUCAGUGCUGUACAUGAUGCGGUGCUUCGUGGUGUUGCCCGUUUGCCUGAAACAAUGGAAAAAGAGCAUCCAGUCACAAUUUACCCGGGUCGAUCAUCACCGGUCAAGCCAAAGUCGUCAACGACUCGAAAAGUUGUUCGCUCUGCUCAUGAUUUAACUGAUAAAAAAUUAAAAUUGCAUUUGAAUGAUGAAUCUACUGACGGCGAAGAAGAAGAAGAUGAAGAAGCAGUUACACAAACGGACAGCCCAUCAGAGGACUUCAAGCCAUUAGCAACAACGGUUAGCUUGUCGCAUUUUGAUAAUCGCCAUAGUUUAAUUACAUCCGAAGAGGACUUUUCGGACGAUUCUUUGGAGAAUGCCCAACCUGAACGUGAUACAUCUACACAAGUCAUCGAAAUCAAAGUAGAAACUAAAGAAAUGGAACAAGAGGAUGAUAUAUCGCUACCAUCACCUAAGCAUGCACCACAAAAUAUUCAACCAGAUCUAACGUUACCCCUGAAAUGUGGAAUCGCAUGGGAAAUUAAAAUGGAUGAAAAUAUCACAACGGAUAAACAUGUGAAGUUACCAUCAGCACCACCUGCGAUUCCAUCAAAUUUUGUUGACUGUGAAAAUAGUGUGGCAUCAACACCGUGCAAUAGUAUUUUAAGUACAGACCAUUCGUUUUCAUCUGAUUGGCCAGACCCGCCCGAAAAUCCAAUUUGCAGCACAGAAGAUGAAGCCGGUUCAAUUGUUACCGAUUCGGAGGACGUAGUUCCAUUGCAAAAAAAUACCAUUCCAAAUGGUACGUAUGUCAUUCGCAAGGGACGCGACCGUAAACAAGUGUUUGAUAUACCGGAAUUUGUGCCAUCGCAUGAAACAGAAAAAGAAUCCGAAAUUGAAUCAAUAUUGGAAUCAAGCCAAGAAUUGCUGAACAUUGAAGAAGCAAAUGACAUACCGCAACCACCGAUAAACAUACCAAAGUAUCGGCAUAGCAUCGAUUUGGCAUUACCGUCAAUGCAGAGCUCACUUCAUUCCGCAAAACAUUCAUUUUGGUCAAAACCAGUUGACAGUCAAUUCAUGCAUACCAACAGCUUAACACCAUCAAAAUCAAAAGAUUAUUCGAGGGAUAAUAAAGGUGGUUCAUCGAAUAAAAUCAAUAUUAAUGAUGAUUUGAAUGCACCACUUAUGCGUGUCGCUUCGUUGCCAAUCAUUAAUGCCCCAGCCCCGGUCAAUCAAGGAGUCGAUUUAGUUUCGACACCACGCCGAGAUUUGGCUCCACCAAUUGAAGAAGAUGAAGAGCCAGAGAGUGAAUCACAGGGAAAACCUGCUCCACUUCGUCAGAUUGAGAAUAACAUCAGUGCUUUGCUACGAGGUGAAAUUUCUGUGAGAGUUCCAGAUAUUCAAGCACCAAGACGUCCACUUGGUUUUCGGGCUGGUGUUCACAAAUCCGAGAGCGCAAAAGAAAUGUUACUAUCUCAACAUGUGUUCGGUGCUUUGCCACCAUCGCCACCAUCAUCCAGUGCAGAUGAGAUUGACGGUUUCCCCCCAUUGCCACCACUUCCAACCGAAAGUAAUGCCGAUGUAUACGAAAACAAAAUUUGGCCUGAUUCACAUAGUUAUCGAUCCACAUCGUUGGGCAAAAAGUAUGAAAAUCGAUAUCGUGAUUCAAUCGAGAGUGCACCACCUGUUCCGCCUCAUCGUUGCCCCUCUACAGAGAAUACGCUUAAAACAAUGUCAAUGGACUCAAAACACUAUAAAAGCUCGAACAUCUUCAUGUCGCCGCACACAACACAUUCAACACACUCACAUGAUCGCAUGGCACUAUCGAAUUCAAGAAAACGUAUGCCAUACAUAAAACACACAACGCCCAGUCCACAUGAAGAACGACGUCUUCAAACAUCUUGUAGUCUUCCAGAAACCCCAAUAUUUGCAAGAGGAUGUGAUGUACCACGAACACCACACCGACGAACACAAGAGAUGCCAAGUGGUGGCAGCCGAACAGCACCACGGCCUAUGAAUAGUUUGAAUUCAUCCAUCGUUGGCAUAGGUAAAAUUCAAAAUAAAACAACAUUUGACCAAUUAACAUUGAUGAUUCUUAAAUUACAAAUAAUAAUAGCCGGAAGCACGCUAAAUGGUCGACAACCACAACGAAGUAUAAACCAUGCGUUAUUAAGUAGUGAAAUGUUGCGAAUAGCUGGUGGCCCUGCACGAGGAUGGUAUCCCAAACAACGGCAAAAUCGGCCGGUUUCCAAUGAGAAUUUAGAUCGUAUUCAUUGCGGUGGUCGUGCCUGGGAUGCGGGCACAUCCAGUCGAAAACCGUUAACAUUGCCGCCAAAUCUGUCGCCAAAUUUCUUCAAAAAAUCACCAACUGAUGCUUUGCGGCGAGUUACCAGUUUGCUCAUUCGCAAAGGCGAAAAAGGAAAAGAUUCCGAUAAAAAGGAAAAGGGCGCUCAAAUUCCUACCGCUCAUCGAUCUUUCGAUGCAGGUGCAAUGGAAUACAAUACCACACCAAAUACACACAAAAAGAAGGGAUUCUUCAAGAGUUUUUGGAAAAAGACCAAACACUAUUCCAUCGAACAAUAAAAAAAAAAUCGAUUGACCAAUACCAGAUUAUAACUGGCCUAAGAGCAUAAAUCGACAAUGAUUCAAGUUUGCAUUUUUCAACACUUUAUUCCGUUAUUUUUUCUUCUUUUAAAUCAUAUUCAAUUAGAAGGGGUGUAAUACCAACGAAUGCGUAUGUUCUUCACACAUUGGAUUAAUAACGAUUAAACAUACCAAACUGACUGCAUUUUUUAGAUGAAAAACUUUACUCAAGCAUCCAGUAGAAAAUCCAAUGAAACAGUAUUACAAGGGAAAAAUAACGUUUUUGCGAUUGCUCCUUUUAUUUAAAUUAGUCACAUCAAAUGUAUUAAGCAAGUGUGAUAUUAACGAAAAUAACAAAUGCCAAUCGAUAAUAUUUUAUGGGCAAAUUGAUGAAUUUCUUUAGCGUAUUUUUAAAAUAUACAACAACAAAGUCAUAAAA